GACAGAUGACACAAAGUGCAUACAACAAAGUGGCUUUCACUUUGUAAAAGUUGUUUGUUCUGAAUAUUUUCUCAUUUUUUCUCCCCAAAAAAAGUCGAUCAAUUUACAGUGUGAUUCAGUUUAAUGUUGAAUUUUGGCGAAAUAUGUACGCAGAUUUAAAAAUAGUAAUAAAAAAUUUAUGAAAAAAAGUGUCGAAAAGCACCAAAACACAUACAGAGUGUUUUAAGUAUGCCAAAUGUAGUAGACGACCAUAAACAAUAAUAUAGUGCAUUUCAUUGUUUGUGAGAGAGCAGAAAACCUGAACAAAAAAAAAAGUUUCUAAAAUAAAAGUCUAGGGGACAACAAAAUUUUGAAUUGGCUUACCGUACCGUGUAAUGAACAAAUACCAAAAACUGGUUGAAAUCAAGCGUACAACAAAAUUUCAAAUUGGUGGUGUUAGCAUAGCAUUGGAUUUAUUGAGAUGUCUAAAUCAAUGUUGCCCGAAGAACUCAGUCGACAUUUGAUAUAUAAUCACGAGCAGGUUUUUGCUCAGCCACCGUAUCCGUAUCCGCCAGUGAACGAACCAACGAUGGCUUUGCCGAAUGGAAACCAUGGAGGAGGAAGCAAGAGAGGUGGGAAAAAACAAAAGACGGCGCCUAGCUCAGGCCCAGAAGUUUAUGACACGGGAAGACGAGGAAAUUUUGAUGGUUUGGCCAAUACGUUCGGAUGGGCCAUGCCACCAUAUCAUAAUCUGUUGCCAACGACUCAUUCGAGUCGCCAAGAAGCACCGCCUGCCGCACCAGCACCGCGAGCUAGCACAUCGUCCGAAUACGCUCAAAAUUACAAGGACCCACCGACAAAACGAAGCCCGUUCACAUGCGACUUUUGUGCGAAAGGCUAUACAUACAAAUGGAAUUUGGAGUGUCAUUUGCGAGACGAACACGCUAAGGAAUUUCCAUUCCAAUGCGGGAAAUGUCGUAAAGGAUUCUUUCUGCAGACCGAUACUCAGGAACAUGAAGCUAAAUGUAAAUCACGCCCGUACAAAUGUGAUGAAUGCGAAUAUGCUACGAACGAUCGCACAAAAUUGACCAACCAUACUCGUCGUCAUACGGGCGAAAAACCGUAUCAAUGUGAAUUUUGUCUCGAACUAUUCACAUUGAAACACAGCUUGGACCGUCAUUCGAUCAAUCAACAUGCCGACCAAUCGCCAUUUCACUGUUCAAAGUGUGGCAGAGGUUUUAUGAGCGAUGACCUGGCUCUUGCACAUGAAAUCAACUGUAAAUGCAGCAAGUAUGAAUGCGAUGUAUGCGAAUUCACGACCAGAGACCGCACGAAAUUGACAAAUCACGUGCGAAAACAUACUGGAGAAAAACCCUAUCAAUGCUCUUUCGCAAAUUGCCGACGCGUGUUCACCUUGGAUCGCAAUCUCAAGCGCCACCGAAGAGAUGUUCACAAAUUUGUGUAAAAUGUUCAACGCUUUGGCCGAUUGUGGCGCCAACAAUGGAAAUGAUCAAAUGAAGAACGAGAAUUAGUUUAAGUCGAUUAGCAGCAAUAAUUAUUUGAACAUUAAGAGUACUUCCCAUACACAUUUCGUAGUUUGAUUCAUCACAUGCGAAUUCAUACUGCUGAAUAACCAUUUCGAUGUGAACUGUUUGCUCCGAAAAUUCUUCACACGAAACGGCCAUUUUAACAGACACUCACAAAAUAAACAAAUGAAUAACACAAAUAAUUUCUGUUUGAACAAAUAACCUAAAACCGAAGUGCAGAUCAGUUUAUAGCAAUUAGUAUGAACUGACGAAUCAAAUGACCAUUUUGAAUAUAUUUACUUUUUAUACAGUAGAAUUACAUUAUGUAUUCAAAUUUGACAUUUCUUUGCAGUGAGAGCGUAAUAAUAAAUUUGGAAAUAAUGAAUAAAUCAAUAAAGAAAAUUUA